CAGUCACCUCGCUCCCUCCCGGUCGGGCUUGGCUGUGGGAGCGUCAUGGCGGUGCACCGGGGACCCUCAACGAAAUGGCUCUUCACCCGGGAACAGCUUGAAAACACGCCGUCUCGACGCUGCGGGAUCGAGGCUGACAGGGAACUUUCUUACCGACAACAAGCCGCUAAUCUAAUCCAAGACAUCGGCCAGAGGCUCAACGUCUCUCAACUGAUCAUCAACACCGCAAUAGUAUACAUGCACAGAUUUUAUAUGAUUCACUCUUUCACCAAGUUCCACAGAAAUAUAAUCUCCCAAACAACGUUGUUUCUAGCAGCUAAAGUCGAAGAGCAGCCUCGGAAACUGGAGCAUGUCAUUAAAAUAGCUCAUGCCUGCAUAAAUCCCCAAGAGCCUGCCCUUGACACUAAAAGCAAUGCAUUCCAUCAGCAGUCGCAAGAGCUCGGAAUACUGGAAACCAUCGUCCUGCAAACCCUGGGUUUUGAAAUAACUAUAGACCAUCCACACACUGAUGUUGUGAGGUGCUCCCAGCUUGUACGAGCAAGCAAGGAUUUGGCACAGACUUCCUAUUUCAUGGCUACCAACAGUUUGCACCUCACCACAUUCUGCCUGCAGUAUCGGCCCACCGUAGUUGCCUGCGUCUGUAUCCACCUGGCCUGCAAGUGGUCCAACUGGGAGAUCCCCGUGUCGACCGACGGCAAGCACUGGUGGGAGUACGUAGACCGCACCGUGACGCUGCAGCUGCUGGACGAGCUCACCCACGAGUUUCUUCAGAUCCUGGAGAGGACGCCCAGCAGGCUGAAGAGGAUACGUAACUGGAGGGCCAUUCAAGCUGCUAAGAAGCCAAAGACGGAAGGUCCUGCUGUGGACGCUGCCUUCCAGGGGGCCUCGUUAGACAGCCUUCCUGGCGUCGCCGGCUCCUUCUUCCCUUCCACCUCAGCGUCAGACUCUGCGGAGAUGUCCCUCGGCGCCAUGACGGGCUCCUAUGCCUCCUACCAGUCUCUCAGUGACCCUUUCUUGCAGCCUCCCCACUCGGAUUUUGCUGUGUUGAAACACGUACACAAAACUGCCGGGGGCUCUGCGAGUAAACCCCAGCAGCUUGCUGUAAACGCGGCACCGUUUGUGCGGCCGCAGAAAGUCUUAACUCUCGAAAAGUACAGAGAGAAACAUGCGGCAGAGCUGGCUCUGCAGAACGGCAUCAAAGAGGAGGCCGGCACAGACAUGUACACACCGCCUACCGCCGCUGCCUCGCACCAUCACAAGAAACGCUGUCAGACACUGCCGGGCGGCCAGUCGGGCGACGGUAGGCGUGAGAAAUCAAGCUCCAAAAAGACUCGGGCGCCCGCUUCUUUUGCCGAGAACGGCUCGGCCACCAGCGAGGAGCUCAAGAUGAGGAUCAAAGUUUCGUCAGAGUGCCACGGUGGCUCCGAUCAGGGCAAAGACAAGCACAAGGAGCACGCUAGCCACCGCCACUCCAAACACGGCCACGCCCACCCGUAUUCCCUCAGCGCUAAUUGCCGGGUGGAUGCCGGCUCCGUGUCCCAGCGACCUCCCGGUAGCCACAGCGCCGAAUGUGGCUCGGGCUCCUCCCGAAAGAGGCCUCACCCUGACGGCGGCCACAAUCACCACCACCACCACUCGUCCAAAAGCAGCAGGAGCUCGAAGGCGGCCCUAAGCUCCGCCCACUACUCAGACAGCAGCCAGAGGAUGAUGGAGCAUCACGGCCACGAUGGUACCAACGGCCUGCUGACGGCUAACGGCCAACACACUGACUACAAAGACACUUUUGACAUGCUGGACUCUUUACUAAGUGCCCAAGGAAUGAACUUAUAACCUCUAGUGUUGUCCACACUACCGUAUUACCACAUUUAAUAGACUUUUGAGAGGAAAAAAAAUAUUUUAUUUGUCUUAAGUUAUAUGGAUUUCUCAUCGCUCACACUGCUGAUGAUUCUUGUGGAGCUGUCAGAUCUAACAGCAUUCUGCAUCACGCUGUGUGUGGCAAUGACAUGUCGAGCUUUUCAUGGUUUCCAUGUGCAUGUUUGAAGUUUGUAAAACAAAGGGAAGCCGCAUAGCUAGUGCUUGCAGCCAUCACAGCAGUUUACACAGUUAAUUUGUUGUUAUCCCCCCCCCCCCCCCCCCCCCCAAUGUUCCACUAAAAAUCUCAGGUCAUGAACUUUUUUUACUAUAAGAACAAAUAUUUGGGUUUUACUGCCUGAUAGUGUGGAGACUCGUCGCCUCAUCCAAUAUAUACAACUCUGGUACCUUCCUGAGGCCCAAUCUGCUUAAUUUUUGUUUAUUUCAGGUUAUUUUGUACCUUAAAAUCUCCCAAAAAGCAGCACAUGAGCUCCCCAGGCAGACAUAGUUGAGAUCCACAAUUGAAGCUGAUGUGACGUCUGCAAAAAGUGCAUUUCUGGUCCGUCGACUGAAAUGGCAAGAGGCCUUUUGAUUGUACUGUGAGUCGUGCCACCUGCCACGGGUUGUGAUAGAUGUAAUUGUCCGAAAAUACCAAUGUCUGUUCCAAGAUGGUGUAAAUAGGACUGUGCUUUCACAUUUACAGUUGUUCAAUAAUGCCUUUAAUGUUUCUUGAAAUCUAAAGCAGACACUUCUCUUCAAUUUGUGUAUUGGAAUCCAAAUAAAGGUGUUAAAGCGA